AUGAAACUUAUUCGAAUUACCACGACAGCAAAUCAAUUGAUGACUCGUUUGAAUACUGUUUUUAAACAAAAUUCAACUGCAAGUGAGUUAAAAACUGAACCGCUAAAGUAUGGUGAAUGUGAUUGUGGUACGACGAAUGAUACAUGUACCGAACUCAUCAAAAUAUAUGAAAAAGUCGGAUUUACUCUUAAAGAAAACUAUACAAUUCCUAAUUUUUUUGUGGGCUGCUAUCUGAUCGACGCAUUAUUUUUAUCGACAUUAGAAUGUUUCUAUAAUGAAUCAUGUAUGAAGGGUCUUCUUGAAUAUUUUCCACCUGUCGUCGAACCGUGGACUGUUCCAGCGCUAAAUUCAAGUCUUAGUCAAGCUAAUAAGUUGAUUGGAUCGAUUGUUGAUGAAUUGAUGAUUGAUGAGUGGUCAGCAUAUGCCAAUUUUACUUCUUAUUACCACAAAUGUGCGCCAAGUACAUGCAUCAUCGAAUAUAACAAGUAUCAAGGUUUCUUGACGAUUAUCAGCAUUAUUAUUGGUAUUUUUGGUGGCCUAUCCAUUGCUUUCCAGUUGCUGAUCUGGUUUGGCCUUCGAUUAAUUGAAAAAUUUAUCAACGGAUUUUCUUUGAAACUAUCUUUACAGUUUCUAAAACAGAUUUUUGGCUGGAAUGAUGAACAAAAGUUGACGGGUCGCUUACAUAUUAUUCUAGUUGGAGUGAUCCUCUAUAUUCUCUACAUACAUCACGUAUUUCGUCCUAAGUUAAUUGAAGAGAAAUUUCAGAAACCAUUACUAGCCGAUUAUGAAAAUCUAAUUGGACAGUAUCCCGAUUCUCUGCAUUGCUUUUGCUCGAAAAUAGCAAUUCAAUAUCGUUUCUUUCUUAACCUAACCCCUCAUUUCCACGAUGUAUGUCUGAGAGACCUGGAUUCAGAAGCGUUGGCCAUAGUCAAUAGUGUUAAUCAUACUUUGUUCAUGCACCUUGGUCAACAGUAUGCGUCUACAGGUCGGACAUAUAUCCGAACGAUCAAGUCACUCUGUCGACUGUCUAGUGACACAGUGUACGGUUCAAUCAAUCAAUUAUUAGCAAGUCAUCUAGUCAAUACUGAACUAUUAUCUCCAUCCUCAUUUAUCAGACAAAUGCGAGCGAUUCUUGAUGAUUUCAAUUCGACAGUACCUAGCAUAUUAAUUAAUACGUUCGCAUUGACUCGCAUGAUAAUAAAUACAAGCAAACUAAUGAAUAUCUAUGGUAAUAGUUGGAUUUUUGAGGUUCAGCCAACUCCAGAUUUUAAAGAUACUGCGCACACUGUUCCAAAUAUUAUAAAAGAAUGCAAUUGUGGAUUUACUUCGAGCUGCACCUGGUUUCAUUUUGGGUUAAAGAUAGGUUGUUAUCCAGUCGAAGCUAUGUUGGAAUGGUCACUCGACUGUCUCUACGAUCGAAAAUGUUUGAAAGAAACAAACAUUUCUUUAGUAUUGAAUAGCUCUACUAAUCCAAGUCGUUUCCCUUAUAAUUCAACUAUUGAAUCUAUUUUCAAUAAACUAAUGAUGGAAGAACUUGUGAAUAAUGUAUCCUAUGAAAAUUACUUUCACCAGUGUGCACCUAUAUUGUGUGUUCGUUCUUAUAUCAAAAAAAGUGAUCUACUCCACGGGAUUACAAAAAUGAUUUCUCUCUAUGGCGGUGUAGUAAUCAUUUGUAAGUUCGUUGCAGUAUUCAUCGUCAAACUAUUACGAUAUCGAUCAGUCCGAGUUACGCCGACGACAAACUAAUCUAAUGAUAGACAUUUUAAUCUCUACUUUAUCUGAUCGAUGUGCUGGUAUUGGUACAAAACUAUACAUAUGACUUAGAAAAUGACAAAAUGCUUUGACUGUCUUGAUGGUGGGUGUAGAUGAAGAAGGAUUUGCUUACUGUUAAUGUCAGCAAAUGACACUCUAACUCUUGGUUAACCGGCAUAAAGCCAUUGUAUUUUCUGUAUUAAAUAAACACAGUACUUUCGAUAAAGAGUCUAGUAUCUCAGUUUGUCAAAAAUAUACACUAUGAAACUCAUAUUAUUUUUGUAGCUUCUGAUAGUAACAGCCCCUAUUUUAUUUUGCCCUGUUUCAUGUGCUAGCAUGAAGAACAAACAAAGAUUUUCUCUCACAAAGUUUUGACUGAGAAUUGACAGCAAUGAAUAUUAAACAAUAUCCGACUAUAUCAUGGCUGGUUUUUUUACAAUUGAUAAGUUUGAUCUAUUUUUAUUUGAAAUCAUUCUUUAACACAGCUGAAAUACGAGUCUAUCUACAAAAAGAAUGCUAUUACAGAUACAGACAGAUAUAUAAGAUAGCCAAGACACAGAGUUUCUUGAUAUCUAAAUAUUCUUACAAUUACAUGAUGAUAAUUAUCAACAGAACAUAAUCUUUUGUCAUAUUUUGUUGUAAAAGUAUGAAUCGAGAAGUAUUAGCUGCUGGGAUUCUAUGAAAGUCGGUAAAAUUUAGUCCAAAAAAUGAGCUCGAAACUUUGUGAUGAAAAAUCUAUAGUUUUGAUGAAUAUUAACUUCUAAUAUCUGGCUAAUUUGUCGCGAGUACAAACAAAUUCACUCAACACACUCUUAAUUCGUAGCACUAACAUCAUCCAAGUUAAGUUCAAAAAAACCAUUCGCUCAUGAAUCGUACUGAUUGUUUUAUUCUAGGUCGAUGUAUAAUAACAUUUGAUAAUUAUACAAAGUUCUUUAAUAUCUAUAAUGCAAUCUUUUCUGGUAUAUUAGUACGAAUUUUAAUGACUACUUUUAGUCUAGUAACAAUUCGAAUUAUAAAACAAUUUCAAUAAUAUAUUGCUAAUAAUACAAUAGUUUUAAUGAAUAUUUUAUUUAAUAUCGACCAUCACUUGCAAACUAGUGUAUCAAUUACAGGGAACUACAAAGUGGUCCCGGUCUCGGUUCCGCGGGACCGGGACCGGGACUGUCAUUAAAUUUCCAUUUCUUUCGGGAUCGGAUCAAAAUUGUCAUCUGAUCCCGUCAAUUUUUUUAUCAUAUAUUAAACUAGACAUUUUCUUGUCUGUAAUCUUUGUAAAGUAAGAAAUGGCAAACCAAAUUUUUCAGUUGCAGCUAUGGAGAAAACAUACAUAUUUAAUUCACAUUGAAAAUACUAAAAAUUUUACCAGCUUCAUAGAUUAUUUCGCAGAUGAGGGAAAAACACAUUAAUUGGGUUGGAUAAUAAUUCUAUCACUCUCUUCUGUUAUGUCAUUUUUCUUUAGUUCAUUUUACUUAUUUUUAACCUCGAUGAAGUUUUGAGACCGGAACCAACUGUUGAUGUUUGACCGGAACCGAAAAAAAAAGUGAUUUUGCAGUUCCCUAAAUAUGACUUCAAGAUAUUAUUCUAACUCAUAUAUUAUUUGGUGAAUGAUAAUUUAUUAAGAAAUGUGAAUGAUUAAAUAGUUUGAUUACAUAGAAAAUUUUAUGAUUCAGUUCAUGAAAGAAAAUGUCAUUUUGUCUCUAUAGAUUAAUAAAGCUCAGCGCU